GCUGGGGCGGCAAGGAUGCCGACGCGAGCGCUGGCGUUCGAGUCGAUCCUGAAGGACCGCGCUCUCACUCUGGAGGACAGGACGGCGGUCGCCCUCAUGUUCCUCCCUUCCCCGCAGCUUAAGGCGUUCUUGACGUCGGAGGAGGAGUUGUAUGCGGACAAGGGCGUGCUGGAUGGCGUGCUGCUGACUGGCAUGGCUCAUCGCGGCCUGCACUUGAUGCAGAGGUACCUCAACCGCACGAUGGACAUCCAGACGGCCGCUCUAGUGGCGACGCGCUCGGUGUCGUUCUUCCCUCCCACCUGGAGAAAGGAGAAGGAAACGGUGCACGUUUGGGCCACAGGGUAUCGCCAGCGGCUAAUGGAGUGGCAGUUUUGGUUCAACGCCGGGCUGUUUGCCAAGUACUGCCAGCGUGCCAAGGCAAGCUUUACGAAAGAACCACUGUCUGCAGAGGCGGAAGCCCGACUGGAGGUCAUCAGGGAUAGAAACACGCCCCGUCCUCAGCAUGCAACGCUUCCAACAGCCCCAGCGCCCCGCGCACUAGCAAGCGUCGUCCCAGCGGCGUCAUCUACCUCCGCCACCACCCCUCCCCCCAGCGGCCUGGCCUCGAAGAUCGAAGCCCCGACCACCGCCACCUUCAUGCCCACCGCCUCCGCCAGUGCGAAACCCGCAUCACGGGGGACGGCUGCUGCUGCUUCCGGCGUCGUCACCGAUACGGAAGCAGCCAGCGCCGCUGCGGCUGCCGCCGCCACCGCUUCCUCGUCUUCUGGAAAACCCGGUGGCGUGGCAGGUGGGGGUGGGGGUGGUAGUGGUGAUGUUGGCGGGCCCCCCGACACCACGAUGGAGGCCUGGUACGGUUUCGGCGGGAGUCCUCUUGAGCGAAACUUCCUUCGCGUCAAGUGCAACUUUUGCCAAACGCCGGUGGGAGACUUGCCUAAGGCAAAGAGCGGCGCCGCCGGCUCCGGAGGUCGGCAGGGUGGACGGCCGGGGGAAUGGGAUAGCCCUCGCCCGACCUCCAUCAACGCUCCGCCGCCGCCGCCUCUCAUCAGCUACUGCUCCUCGUGCCGCAAUCCCCUCCCGAGGUGCUUCAUCUGCCUGCAGCAGAUCGGGACCCUCAAUCCCGAGACGGAGGCCAGACGGCGACAGUUCAGCCAACUCAAGGCGGGGGCCGCGGGUGCGAGAACUAGCUACAGGGGGGGUAUCGGCGUGGGCAGCGGGGGGCACGAAGCGCCCGGCGGGGGGGGAGGUGCUGCUGCUGCGCUUGGCCAACAGGGGGCUCCGCAAGCUGCGUUGGAUAUAUGGUGGAGCUGGUGCAACGUGUGCAACCACGGCGGGCACAACGGGCACCUCGAAGAUUGGUUCGCCGAGCACGACACUUGCGGGGUUCGGGGCUGCGACUGCAAGUGCACCUCCCACGACCUCCCCAUCGUGUCCAAGAUAGCGUAGGCCCUAUACAUAGCCCAUCAGGAGUGUGUCUGUGUGCUCAUAGUCGUGCAUGCCGUAGUCGCUAGACUGUUGACCUCGGGUGGGGGGGGGCUUGUAACGCGUUCGACGUGCUCGUGCCUGGGCUUGGCUGAGUUGCGGUGAAAAGAAGCUCGUGUAGAAGACGAUCCUCAUACAGGUGCAUCUGGCACCCGUCGAUGCGUCACCUUGACCUCUCACCGGGGGGGUAGUUGGUGUGGUUGGCACUGCGGAGCCCCGGUUGUAACAUAGGACCCGUGACAUUUUGUCACUCGUGUGUCGUAUAGCUACGCCUCUAGGUGCGCGGCAGUGAGCUUGUUGUUGUAGGUCCCAUUUCGUGCUUUUUCCUUUUGGACGAACUCACGUUUUUGAAGCCUGCCACCGCAAGUAGCACGGGACUCGUUUUACGCCGUGAUCGAACGAACAAGGGGGUGUCGCAGAUCGCAUCCCACAAGUGUAACGUAGGGAGGAAUGAAUGAUGUAAGUCAUCAAUGACGGCAAGGUUGCUGCCGGCCGUUGGGGUGGCCAGAUGAUGCGAAACAAGGAUUGAUUGCCAUAACGUGGAGGAGGUACU